UUCCCAUUUCCAGGGAAACUCUUCCUUUCGUUUUGACAAAUAUGCAAAGCCAUGUUUGAGUGCUCAUUUCCUGCUGAUUUUUUUUUAAUCCCCUGCAUCCAAAUUUUGAUUUUAGCUCUCUUAUUUCACACCUGCUCCUUGUCUUGACACCUGAUUGAUUAAUUACUAUUUUGAAUUGAAAAGCUACAUGUUCUGCAUUUUUUCUGGAAGAAAUCACAAAAUAUAAAACAUUUAAGUAAGAAGUGAUUUAAUAAAAUGUAUGCAAAUCAAGAAUUCAACACAGCUUUGCUUUGGUUUUAUUUGAUCAAAUGGUCUUCAUGCAUUCCCUACUUGUGUUUUAUUGCAUUACUCUUUAUUAAAUUGUUCCAGUUAAUAUUAACCAACUGUUAGUCUGAAUAUCCUAUAAGACUUGAGUAAAUUGAAUAGCUGUGGGGCUAACAUGUCUGAACCCUAUUGGCCUUUUUAAAUAAAUAGCAAAAUACCCAAUCAUUUUCUUUGCUGGCUUUUAACAAUGCUGCGCAAUAUUGUAUAUUGUAAAGUGAAAGAAAAAAAUGUUUGGAAAAACAACUAUUAGAAAUGAGUCAAAAAAUAAACCCUCUUAUGAUACAGAUUUGGUCAGAUCUAACAAAUGAUGAUUAUUUAAUUAAUAUCCUAGAGCACAUUCAUCAUUUCAACAAUCAGUUGCUCAUGUCAGCUGAAUGCACACACAGUACUGAGCCUGGUUUGGCUAGAGGUUGUUUAAUGUUAAUAAAAUGGAGUUCUUCCUUUCCACAGUCACCAAUGGCUUAUUUAGAGGUAACGAGCAAUUGCAUCAAAGUUGAUGAUUUGAUGCAAUUGGCUGGGCUUCGUUAGAUGUACUUUUAUGUAUCAACAUUACAUGAGCAACCUAAUUUGACUGUAUUGUUAUACAGUUCAGAUUGGAUUGGACUGCAAGAUUGGAUCUUAGUCUUAUGUCAAAAUCUGAUUUCAUCCAAAUUUAGACUUAAAUUGUUAUAAAUUUGGAUGUCUUGCUUUACAAAAUGAUUCAGGUUGCAUUUGCUGUCAAUUGGCUCAAUAUAAAUGAAAUAAACUGCGCAGAAGCCAGUUGUUUCUGGAUAUUAGAGGACGUUUCAUGAAUGCUUUCUAUAUAUGACCAACAAAAGGUCAUCAUUUAAGAGGUUAAAUGGGUUUUGUUCCUGAGUUGUAUUAAUUAAUUUUAAGACAAACAAGUACAAAAUUAGCUAAAGAGAAAGUAAUGGCAAGGGUUAAGAAACAAAUCUAUCAAUCGUGUUCUUUAUGACUGGCAUACAAUUUUAUAUUCUAAUGUUAAUAAUAAGGAUUACAAUAUUUGUGAAAUUCAGGUGGUGGGGUCAGAGUUUGGUGUGAACUGGCUGUGUCUUUGAUGUUAAUUGAAAUAUAAUUACAUUGUUCUUUCUAUUCUUGUACUUUAUUCUAGUAGUAUUAUAUCUUUGCCUCCUUUAUUUAGUCUUCCUUGCAGAUAGAUAUUGUUGCUAUUCCUAUCCUCCCCUUACUUAUUUGAACUAAUCACUCUAUCCCUGCUUCACCCACUUGUGUUGGCCUAUAAGGAGUUUUUUCUCCAUCCGAUCAGUGCUGGUAUCUUUUCUGCUGAGCGCUGCAGUCCCUCUUAGGUGUGGUUUGAUGAGUUCGUGAGUGUCCUCCCUCCCUCUCUGCUGCUGCUGUAGAGCUUACGUAACACACAGCAACGUGUACAAACAGCAAAGAGUGAGAAACACAGGGGAGAUGUGGAAAAAAAGGAGAAAGAAAGAAGGAUGGAAAAAAGAUGAGAUUGAUUAGGCAAUAACCUCAUUGAGAAUGGUGACAGAUUAGGAGGAGAGAACAUGUGUUCAUGUAUAUUAGAUGGUGCAAAUUGCAGCAGGAUGCCAGUGAUGUUAAUGCAUGCAUGACUGACUCAGUGACAAUGGAAUUAUGCUUUCUUCAGAGCGUAAAGUUUAAACUUCAUUGAGAUGCAUGUUAUACUUGAAUUGCAUGCAGAAGAAGAGGUAAUAAAUGUAACUAAACAAGAUUAAAACACACUUAUGAGCAGUUUUUGCAUAAUUUAAAUAUAUGAAAACUGUUCAGCUGAGUCUUUGGUUUUCUUGGUGUUUAUCACCAUCUGAAAGUUAUUAAUCAAGCAGAUAAUUUAUUAGGAAAUGCAAAAUCUCUUUGUUGAUGUCUCAUGCAGUGCUACUCCACCCUUAGGUGGAAUUGUUUGGGAAGACUCUGCAAUACGGCAGGGUGGGGCCUCAGAGGAUCACCAAAAAGGAACAGAGAACCAGUAUCCAUAAAAUGAAUGGUUGCCUGUAGAGAAAAUCCACCCACACAUCAAUUACUUUCACUUCUGACCAAGCGAAUUCUGAAGGCCCCUUCUCUGCCUUUUUCUUCAGCUGAGCACCAUUUACUCAUCACUUUUUUCCCUGACCUGUUCAGGCGCUGUGACUUACAAUAGGAUGUCGAUCGUCAGCAUUGUUGCCAGGGAGAUCCUGGACUCCAGGGGAAACCCCACUGUGGAAGUGGAUCUUCGCACAGAAAAAGGUCUAUUUAGGGCUGCAGUGCCCAGUGGGGCUUCCACAGGGAUCUACGAGGCUCUGGAGCUCCGAGAUGGCGAUAAAAGCCGUUUUAAGGGAAAAGGUGUUUUGAAGGCAGUUGGACACAUUAAUGAUUCUCUGGCGCCAGCCCUCAUAGCCUCUGGCAUCAGUGUGGUGGAGCAGGAGCAGUUGGACAACACGAUGAUUGAAAUGGAUGGCACAGAAAACAAAUCUAAGUUUGGAGCCAAUGCCAUUUUGGGAGUAUCCCUCGCCAUCUGUAAAGCCGGUGCAGCAGAGAAGGACGUCCCUUUGUACCGCCACAUAGCUGACUUAGCUGGAAACACCGAACUUGUGCUGCCGGUUCCUGCCUUUAAUGUGAUAAAUGGAGGAUCUCAUGCAGGAAACAAACUUGCCAUGCAGGAGUUCAUGGUUCUGCCUGUUGGGGCCGAGUCUUUCAAAGAGGCCCUGAGGAUAGGAUCCGAGCUCUACCACACGCUGAAGGGCGUGAUUCAUGAGAAAUAUGGUCAAGAUGCUAUUAAUGUUGGAGAUGAAGGAGGAUUUGCUCCAAACAUCUUGGAGAACAGUGAAGCCCUGGACUUGCUGCAGACUGCCAUCGAGAAAGCAGGCUUCACCGAUAAGGUCGUAGUCGGGAUGGACGUGGCCGCCUCCGAGUUUUACCGUGAGGGGAAGUAUGAUCUGGACUUCAAAUCCCCUCCGGAUUCAUCCCGACACAUCAGUGGAGAAGAGCUGGCUGACAUCUACCAAAGCUUUGUCAAUAAUUACCCAGUGGUCUCCAUCGAGGAUCCAUUUGACCAGGACGACUGGGAGGCCUGGUCCCGUCUGACGGCCCAGGUGGGGAUUCAGGUUGUUGGAGACGACUUGACAGUGACCAACCCAAAAAGGAUAGAGAAAGCUGCAGAGGAGCGAGCCUGCAACUGCCUGCUGCUCAAAGUCAACCAGAUCGGCUCCGUCACUGAAGCUAUACAGGCAUGCAAGCUGGCUCAGGCCAAUGGCUGGGGAGUGAUGGUCAGCCAUCGCUCAGGGGAGACAGAGGACACCUUUAUUGCCGACCUGGUGGUGGGACUCUGUACUGGACAGAUUAAGACUGGCGCCCCCUGCAGAUCUGAGCGACUUGCUAAAUACAACCAGCUCAUGAGGAUCGAGGAGGAGCUGGGCGACCAGGCUCGCUUCGCCGGCCAUAACUUCAGGAACCCAAGCGUCCUGUGAAACCAGCUGACAGACGAGAAUGACUCACACACUCAACGCACGCAAAAUGCCCACGCAAACUGACACAAAUGACUAACAAGGAAUGAGCCAUGUACAAAGAACGAUCACUCAAAUUCAGGAAAAAUACAAUCGCAAAAGAGCUAAGCAAAAGAAAUGAAUCAAUUAUGCACUAGACUUAAAAGAAUGGAGGUGAUGCUGUAUGCAGACACACAUACACACACGCACACAGUUGCAACACCUGAAAAUGCACAUGCAGGGGAACACUCUGAAAAAAAACCUAGAAUCUAUAAGCCAGACAUGCACUGUUAUUGUAGGAAUAGUUCAUGUACACCCAGGAGGCAGGCCUGCAAUGAUAACGAUUAUUGUUGUAAAAAAACAGAGGUAAGUAGAAAUUCUGUAGAAUAAUAUAGUCUGAAGCACGCAACUGAAAGAGAUGAAAAAGUCAAACUUUUAAGACCAAACGAGGAUGAUGCAGAUGUAGGAACUGAGUGAAAGCAACAAUAAAACAAUAAAGAGCACUCUAACACCAAAACACACACACACACACACCUUCAGCUGUGUCUCUCUCUCACCUGGACACUCAAGAACCUGCACUCUUCCUAGCUCUAUCCUCCUCCCUUUCUCUCUAUAUAUAUUUUACUCUCCUUCUUCUCGUUGUGUCUGUGUCUCAGUUUUAACUGUUCUGGUUUUCUUCUCAACCUUGUGUGAAUUUGAUUAUUUGUCCUUCAUGCUUGAAGUCCUGCUUCUGUCCUGAAAGAAAAAAAGAAAAUCUUUAAAACUCAAGAACCUUUGACCCUUUUGGUUCCCCCGUCCCUUGUUUGUCCAUAGAAUAGCUGGGUCAACAAAAGAUGAAAGAGCAAUGAAAAUAAAAAUAUGAAAACAAUAAAGGAACACUUGUCAAUUAAAAUAAUGUGAAAAUAUG